UACUAAUGGCGGUUAAAGAUUCUCUCUCAUACUAACCUGGCCCACAACUCCCUCUUGCAUUUUUUCUUCCCUUUUCCACCUUUCUCCUUUCACACACACUACCACACACCACACUCCUUUCAGCUCCAUAAUCCCAUUUUGAAUGCUUAGGAUCAAAUGGGUAAGCUUCAUUUUGCAUUGACUUUUCUUCUUCUACUUCUACUUACAAAUGUCUCAGCUGCACCACCAUUAUUCUCAUCAAUUUCACCUGCAAAGAUUGUUAAUGGGUUUCUCUCAAAUGCUGUACCUGCUUUCACCAAAUGGGUGUUCUCACUUAAACCAACCACCAAAAAAGCGAUUGCUGGGAAGUCAAUGAUGAAGUUUGAGAGUGGAUACAAUGUGGAAACUGUGUUUGAUGGAAGCAAGCUUGGAAUUGAGCCUUAUGCAGUUGAGGUGUUGUCUAAUGGGGAGCUUCUGAUUCUAGAUUCGGAGAAUAGUAACAUUUAUAAGAUUUCGUCUUCACUUUCUUUGUAUAGCAGGCCAAAACUUGUGGCAGGAUCUGCGGAAGGAUAUUCUGGACAUGUUGAUGGAAAAUUAAGAGAGGCUAGGAUGAACCACCCAAAGGGGAUUACUGUUGAUGACCGAGGAAAUAUCUAUGUUGCAGAUAUUAUGAAUAUGGCAAUUAGGAAAAUUAGCGAUUCAGGGGUUACAACAAUUGCUGGAGGAAAAUUAAGCCGUGGAGGGGGCCAUGUCGAUGGACCAAGUGAAGAGGCUAAAUUUUCUAAUGACUUUGAUGUGGUUUAUGUUGGAAGUAGUUGUUCUCUACUUGUCAUCGACAGGGGGAAUCAAGCCAUCAGGGAGAUUCAGCUGCGCUUUGAUGACUGUGCUUAUCAAUACGAAAGUGGAUUUCCACUCGGAAUUGCAAUGCUUCUCGGAGCUGGCUUCUUUGGUUAUAUGCUGGCAUUGCUGCAGCGUCGUCUAAGUACAAUUGUUGCGUCUCAGGAUAUGACUCUUGCUGAGAGCUCAGCAAUGUCUGACUUUUCACCGAGUCCAUAUCAAAAGCCAUUGAAAUCUGUCAGACCGCCUUUGAUUCCAUCAGAAGACGAAUCUUAUAAGCAAGAAGAAGGUCUCUUUGCAUCCAUUGGGAAGCUUCUUACCAAUGCUGGGGCCUCAGUAGUGGAAAUAAUGGGUUUCAGGAAAAAACCACAAAGCUAUGAAUUUCAAAGCCAGCCUUUAUUCCAUCAACCUGAAAGGCAAAUAAAUGCUUGGCCCGUGCAAGAAAGUUUUGUAAUUACAAAUGAAGAUGAGCCCCCUUCUAUUGACCCGAGAACUCCAACCCCUAAGAAAACAUAUCCUUUCAUGAUUAAAGACACCGAAAAAAUGCAACAGUUGUGGCAAGGUCGGGCGCUCUAUAAUGGAUGGGAAGGAGAUCUUCAGCAUCAGCAGCAGCAACAACAAAAACAUGUGUACAAUGGAUGGGAAGGAGAUCUUCAUCAGCAGCCGCAGCAACAACAACAGCAACCACAACAAAAACAUCUGUAUAACGGAUGGGACGGAGAUCUUCAGCAGCAGCCGCAACAAAGACAACAACAACAGCAACCACAACAAAAACAUCUGUAUAACGGAUGGGACGGAGAUCUUCAGCAGCAGCAAAAACAUAAUUAUCGUAAUCAGUAUCAUUCAUCGGUUGCUCACACUUACUAUGAGCAAAGUCAUGAGGAAACCAAUGAGAUAGUAUUUGGUGCAGUGCAGGAACAGGAUGAGAAGGAGUCUGUAGUUAUCAAGCCUUUGGAUUACGGUGAUUCUUUCUAUGAUCAUCAUAAUAUGCGGUCUCGAAUCAGUUAUAUCCACAAGUACUGAGUAUAUACAAUCAAAAACGUUUGCCGUAAUGAAUCUCCAAUAGGGGAAGUUGAAAUCAAGUACAGAAAUUAUAAUGAUUUCUUUUAAAUAGUAGGAUUUUAUUUUAGUGAGAAGCUGAUGAUCAGAAAAUUAUUUGUUUCUUCGGUUUUGCCAAAUUUUCAGUCACUCUGGUGUGUAAACAAAUUGAACAUUGAGCAUAAUUUAAAGGCAAGAUCAAGAAAUUUUGGUACGCUA